CGCCUACUUGUUACACUCCGGGGACGCCGCCGUGAAAACCCGGAAAAUUUUCGUUUUUCUCGGGAAAAAUCCGGGUUCGACUUUGUGUUUUUCACAGGGGAAAAUUUUUUGAAAAUCUAAUAUGGUUUAACUAGUGCGUGAAACAAUCCAAGAAAAAUGUUGCCCACAAAUGUCAUGUCGUUUAUGAAAAAGAUGGUGGCGGCGGAACCGGGUCCGCAAAAUUCCGCUACGGAACCGCCCGAAGGCGGAACCGCUUUCGGAAAAUUACGACAAACGUUGUCGUCUUCGUUGCUCACAGCUCAAGACAAAGUGGCGACCAAAAUGGGUCCGCGGCCGUCCCUAAUACCGGAUCUAACGCCAAGUGCCGACCAAGAAAAACCUAUAGUACAACCAGUGGCGGCGGAAAAAAAAACCGAACCGGGAAAACCGCCGAGCCGAGCCGGAUCUUGCCGAGUCUGUUUGAAAUCGUUCAAACCGGACGAUUUCAGCCGAACUUGCGCGACUUGUACUCAGAAAGUUUGCGAAGAUUGCGCCAGCUACAGUAAACUGGCCGAAAAAGAGAAUCCGGCCGAUUGGACGUGCAGCGUAUGCCGGCGGAAAAUCCAAUCCAGAGCGGCGAUUGUUACUCAGGAUUCUAAUGAAAGUCUAUUGGAGAUUCCGUUGCAGGAGCUGCAGCGGCGACAUUCUGAGGCUCGGCUCGGUUCUGAGCGGCUUCUGAGUGUCGGUGGCACUGGGUUGGCCCCGCCCAGGAGUCCGGAACUCAGAAGACAUUCAGAUGUGUCCCCUGCUUCGCUCAAAGAACUCGAAAAGCUGAAAGGGGGCGGAGGCUCGAAAACCCCCGAUCCUGAUUGGACCCGGGGCGGCGGCGGCCGAUCGAGGGCCGGCUCGCGGUCCAACAGUCCGCCCAAAGUCGUGUCCGACGUCCUGCCUCAGAUUCCGCGGUCGCGGAGGGCGUCGCGAGUCGCCCGCCAGCACAGCUACGACGACGAAGUAAAGGCGGCGCUGUUGCCCGACGCCGCCCCCGACGCUGGCUUAAAUCUACCGCCGCCUAUGCCCAGAAGGGCGUCGGCAUACGACGUCUUUUCAGUAGUUCCCGGCCUCAGUACGGUAACUCAGCCAACGACGGGACGUCGGGCCUCCUUUAGAAUCCCGGCCCAGGAACCUUCGAGCCCCCCCAGUCCCGAAACGGCCCCAACUUUGGCCCUCGAUGACGAUCGGAGGAGCAGAAGGCGUGGCUCCUAUUUGCCUGACAUCGGCGGUCUGAGAACGGCGGCGGUGCCGCCGACGCCUAGACCGACGCCCGCCCUCGAGGACCUCGAAGCCACGCCCAGACGUCAGGCGUCGGUCGACGCAGAAGCGAUCCGAAUCGUGAUCCACGACGUCGAUUCGGGAUCGGCGUCGGCCGCUCAGAAACGCGUCGUCUUGAGACGGGAUCCCGGCGACAAGGCGCAUAGAACACGCGGUUUCGGAAUGCGAGUGGUCGGUGGCAAGACCAGCUUGGACGGGCGACUGUUCGCUUAUAUCGUGUGGACGGUGCCGGGCGGUCCGGCAGAAAAGGGCGGCCUUCAGCAAGGAGACAAAGUUCUAGAAUGGGGCGGAGUGUCGUUGAUCGAUCGGAAUUUCGAGGAGGUGUGCGCGAUUAUGGACCGGCACACGGGCGACUCUGUCGAGCUUCUGGUCGAGCACGCCACUGACUUGAGAAUGUGCGACUUUCUCGACGAGCCGCCCCUGCCGCCCACGACAAAGAAAGCUUCAGAAGCUCAAUCGACAGCGUUACACGUGGAUACCGGGGAUAACGACAAGGCCCCCUUGUCGCCUACAAGAAGAAAAUUACCAAAAACUCCGGAACAACUAGCGAAAGAGCGCGUCGUUACCGGCCGAGUCCAAAUACAAGUGUGGUACCACGACGAGCGCAAAGAACUGGUUGUAGCUGUUUUGGCCGGUGACGAUUUGGCACCGAGAGACGAAAAAACGCCACCCGAGGCCUACGCGAGACUUUGCCUGUUACCAUUGACCUCAGAGGAACACUGUCAACAAACCGACGUCGCUCCAGCUAGUCAGAACCCAAUUUGGAACGCCAACCUUAACUUCCCGAACGUACCAGGUGACGAAUUAAUGGAACGCAUUCUGGAAAUUACACUCUGGGAUAUGCUACCUCACUCCGAGCACUCGUUUUUGGGCGAGUGUUCGGUGGAUUUGCAAAAGGCCUUUUUGGAUGAUCGAGCAGUUUGGUGCCGGCUCGAGGAUCCUAGGCAACUCAGGGGCCAAUCGCCUAGGGGUUCGAUCGCCUUAGGCACCGGAAAACGAUCGGCGUUCGGCGAUCAGCGUAGCGUUUCGGACGAUGUCGAUUCUAUAGGUGAGUGCGUCAGCUUACUGCAUCCUGAUCACGCAUGGGGAUCUAGACGGGGAUCAUCUCAAUCCGAACAAUUGGAAGUUGAAGUUUACCAGUUGGGCAAGGAUUUUUCCAGAUCUUUACCCGGAUCCAGACGGUCCUCGUUCCAGAGUGCGCAAGAGCAAGAACAAGCGGCUGUAGAACCGCCUCCUACGUCAUACAGCCGUGACAGGAGGCGUAGUAGCUGUACUAGGAUGUUAAGGGAUCCUGAAGAAAUUUUGAAGUCAUUGAAGGCUGUUAAAGGGGAGCUAGGAAGGACCAUGAGCCUGACUGCUGACAAAAGACGACGCGCCAGCGUCACUCCAACACGUCACGACAAUCGAAAAAUCAGCCUAGUCGAAGAACCUGCUCCGAAUCAAAAAUCGCCCCCUACUCAGAGUCCCCCGAGCAGUCCCGAAUGGGCCACUUCGCCCCCCCGCCUCGGCCCCGGCCAAAUCAAAGCCCGAGGCCUAAAAUGCGGCGAAAUCAAAUUGGGACUUUUAAUGACCAAAGGUCAGUUAGAGGUCGAAGUAAUAUGCGCAAGACGGAUUGGCAGCGUCAAGGACACUUAUGUCAAGUGUUACCUGCGCGAAGGCGACAAAUGGUUGCAGAAAAAAAAGACGCGCGUUGCGAGGCACAGCAGCGAACCGCAUUUCGGGCAGACGUUGAAGUAUCAGGCUUGUGACGUGCUUGGACGAUCUUUGGUCGCAAUGCUUUGGGAACGUCAGAGCGGGUUCGACCACAACCAAGGACUAGGCGGAGCCGAAAUCGCCUUGGACUCGUUGACAUUGACUCGGCUGAACGUCGGCUGGUACUCGUUGUUCCCCAUCCAAUCGCUAGGCAGCGACUCGAAUGACUCGCCCUGAUCGGAUCAGAUUGGGAAUUUCUACUCCAACCGACCAACGAUAAAUUUGCAGGCAAAUUUAUAAAUAUGUUUGUUUUAUGUAAGGAACAAAACACCAAACACUUAUUAGGUUAUAUUUAGGAUGACGUCAUCAUCGAACAAUGACAAUGUUGUCAAAUGCCUAUAUUUAUAAUUCACCAAAAUGUCAUGCAACAUUGCAAACAUCUUUUAGUUUUGUUAGGUUGAUAGCAGCAAUUUACUAAAUGUGACGUCAUCUUAAAAAAAUCUUUUUUUUUUUUUUUUUUUCGGUUAAAAAAGUACCUAUACUCCCUUUUCCCUCCACCCCAAAAAUUCUAUAUGGCCUAAAAAAUACGAAAAAAUUAAAAAAAAAAAACCAAAAUGACAAUCUUUUUAUUAAAAGUACUAUAUAUAAAUUGUAAUUAUGUAUUAUUACAAUAAGGUCGUUUCUACUAGAUACAAAAAGUGUGUAGAGGUAUAAUCGGUGCAUUACCGCACGAUUUAUCGUUGUCUAAUUAUUGUAUAAUCAGUGUGUCAUUACAAUAUAUUUUAGCUAGAGACAAUCCUAUUAAUGUAUCAAUGAGGUAAAGUAAAGCGUAUUUUUUGCGACUCUACAAUAUAUAUUUGGAAAGAUUUUUGACUUAUUUUGAAGAAAAAUUUAAAAAAAAAAAGUUGGUCCUGAGCGGGAUUUGAACCCGCGUCUUCAACUAGUACCUGCAAUAUUGAGGAGAAAAGAAAAGACGCGGGUUCGAAUCUUGCCCAGGGCCAAAUUUUUUUUUUACUUUGACAUCUGUCAACAGUCAAAUAAUCUUUUUUCUAUAAACAAUCGUACAUAUCUCAUUUGAAAAAAAAAAAAGACUAUUUUUACAAUCCAUAUUUUUUAUUGAUGUAAACUUUACUAUAUAUUGUUGCUCACCAAAAAGGAAUUUAUUAUACCAAUAUUAAAGGUCUGUUCACACAGUUUUUUAUUGCGUGAUUUCUGUGUGAACAAACCUAUAAUGAUUUAUAUUAUUUAUGCUUCAAAUUAUUUAUAAAAACAAUCAUGUGCCACGAUGUUAGAGGAAUUUAAAGGCCAAUUUUGUAUGGUUUAAAAAAAAAAAAAACCGAAUUAUUUUUGUUACAUAUAUUAAGGCCUGGUUUAUUCAUAUUCAGAUAACUAUCUGCAAGAUAAAUUUACCCUUAGCUGGCAGAAAAUGAAUAAACCGGCCCUAACUUAUAAAUAAUUAUAAAUGUGUUGUUAAUUGUAA